AUGAUUGCUCAAUUCAUGAUGGAUCUGAAAGCAGAUCAUCGAACGAGCCCAUCGCUAUACCUACCGCAUUCCCCUAAGUUACACGACAACUGCCGCCCAAAUUCUACCGAUUCCGGAGUGUUGGAUCUAUCCAAACGUCGCGAUUCCGUGGAAACCCGUAAAACACCGUCGCCUUACGCCAGCUUCAGCGAAGAAGGAUCUCCUCCGUUGCACAGCUCUCUGCACAAUUCAAACAAUGCUCUGCUGAUCAACUACCACGCAGCUAUCCAUCAUCCCCAUCACGAGCUAUCGCUGAAAGCACCGGUGCCGUAUGACUCUCCCAGCCAUCUCGAGCAUAACCGGCGAACCGGGUUUCAUCCAGCACAAAACCUGCACAUACCCCAGCAUGCCAUCCUUCCUAAACAGGAAGGUCUUCCCAAUCGUCCAGAGCUUCCACCGUACCUGAUCCGACCCGAAGCCAUCAAAACAUCCCAGUUCCGACACAGUCCACUUCAUCCCUUACGUGAAGCAGACUCACUUUCCGAAUCGGGUUCGGAAGGUCACGUUAUUCCCAGUGGUUUGCAGUUACCGAAACUCAAACAACCCAACGAAUCGAUUAAUUCCGAACCAAACGGACAGUACCCGAUGGUGGUGGGCCGCGAUGGAAAGCUAGCACGUCCAUUCAAAGCCUACCCACGCGAUCCACUGAGCCUAACGGCCGGUUUCAUGGCUAGUGAUUCUAUGCUGGAUGCCAACUCUGCUGAAAAGUACAACAUGUUUCGCAAGCGAAUGCUGGAACAGAUCCACGCUGCCAAUGGCGGUCAACAAACGGUCUCCAACCCAAAGAUGCGCCGUCUCAACAAAUCCCUCAGCGAUACAUCGGAAACGGAAAGCGUGUCGGAUAAAAUUCCGGAACCAUCGCAGCAAUCGUAUGCGAAAGCCACACCCACCGAUCAUCACCCUAGCAACGAAACGUCGAACCACAGAAAGAACGGCAACAACACCGACGGCAGCAGCAGCAAUGGCGGUCCGAACGAAGGAACGCAAAAAGACUCCGCCUACUACGAGCGACGGAAGAAAAACAAUGCCGCUGCAAAGAAAUCACGCGAUCGAAGACGGAUCAAAGAGGACGAAAUCGCCAUUCGGGCAGCCUUCCUAGAGCGGGAGAACAUUGAGCUGAAAUUUGAACUGGCCGCAGCGCGGAAGCAGUUGGCCCUGUACGGUGUGACGAAUGGAUCGCAGUAG